AUGCCUCGCGCCAAGUCCAACAAGAAGGCCAAGCCCCGCAAAUCCGACAGUUACAAGAAGACCCAAAAGGAUAAGGGUCCUGCUCGGACAGCUAGAGAUUUCACUCCUCUCGACGAGAAGGAGGUCUUCCCCUUCACCGAGCUCCCAGCAGAACUCCGUAAUAAGAUCUACUUCUACCACCUGGCCUCCAACACGCGCUACAACUUCGCGAGUAUCAGAGUCCCUGCCAUAUGCCAAGCAAGUCAGCAGCUCCGAGAAGAGUCGCUCCCGAUUCUCUUUGCGGCUCGCGCCUGGUAAGAAGAUCGGACAAAGGAAUACCCCAGCUCACACGUCGUGCUCACACUGACCUGAUUCCUUUGCGUCCAGGUAUGUCACUAUCGGCUCCAACCUCCAAGACCGCUUCAAGCUUCGCACAGGAGACGAGGGUCUCAGGAAAAAGAUGGAGGAAAGCGAAGAGUGCAGCACGAGGCUGAAGGACUCCGGCGUCACCAAGAUGAAGAAAGGUUCACGAAAAUUGCUCUCCUAUGCCGCGGGGCUCAAAGACAUAUUGAUCCGCAAUAUCACCUUCUGCAUCGUCGAAGUGGAAUCCCUCAAUGAAGCCAUCAAGCUCGACGCUGCAGGCAAGAACCACGAGUGGAAUGCAUUAAUCGUCACCAGAAUGACCGCCAAGUGGGUCAAUGAUGGCUCCGCCGACGUGACCAUUCUCCGAGGUCAACACCACCCUUCCAACGACGUCUCGUGCAAUUUUGACGCAGAGGACAUUGAUACCGCCAUCAAGGACGCCAAAGAAGCCACGGAGACAUGCGGAAAGACCACCAAAGACUUCAAAGGUUUCGGUCUCUCGGAUCUGCAGAAGAUGGGAGAUCCCUUCAGGUAUUCCAUCCAAGACAUGGAACAAGUUCUCUUGCAGAACUCGUACAAGUGUUUCUACAAUUGCAUGCAGAAGGGCAAGAAGCUUCAGAUGUUCGGAGGCAGCAACGCGGCUUUUGAGGCACACAAGGGCCAGGGCACACGAUUCAAGGGACGGAAGCAGCGGCAGUAG